UCAAAGCUAUGUUGCGGUUCUGGUUGUCAAGACUUCGAAUUCGGCUUGGAUUUGGAAAGUUAUCUUGGCGCUAUUUGGCGUAAUGAUGAUCUCAGCUUUUACGAUUGCUGGAAUGAAUUAUUACGAAGGCCUUCCGGUCAACAACUCGAUGACCUCGGACCUAUGAAUGAUUGUUUACUUUUGUUCCGUUCGGACCUAUUUUUAGUCGCCUAG